AGGCACCUCAACGAAUUUACAACUUUAUAAUAUAAUUUAAAUCAUUCUUAUUAAUAUAAUUAACAAUAUGAAAGCGCCUCAUGGAUAUUGUGACCUACGCGUUGAGCGAGUUAACGAUGGUAUUAUCAACACUUUCAUUGAAUAUGGUUACACUUUGAUCGCAGUAAAUACUACAGUAAAUUGUUCACUACUAGGUGUUGGGAAUUCUAAUAGAAAAAAAAAGAAAAUUGCAGAAUGUAAUGAUGAAAAUAAUGAAGAAAACGACUGGGUACCAACUCCCAAGUUAAGAAAUCAUGAUGAUUCCAAAUUGACCAUAAUAAAUCGAUUGACAGUACAAAUAACAAAUAUUGGACAACUACAUAGAAUUUUCAAUUCUCAAAAUUUCAAAUCAUAUAUUAUUCUUGCAGUAGAACCAUUGAACGAUCAAGUUCUUCAGGAACUAGUGACUUUGUCAUCAAUUGAUAUAAUAACUUGUAAUAUAAAAACAUCUAUAACUCCAAAGCAGUAUACAAUUGCAAUAGAAAAGAACAUUUAUUUUGAAGUAUCUUAUGCACCUAUGUUGGUAAAUUAUAUUACUCGUCAAGAUACUUUAAGUUUGGCUCAUCUUUUGCAUAUAAAAGGAAAAUCAAAAAAUAUAAUCAUUUCGAGUGGAGCAGUUAAUAAAUUAGAUAUACGUAAUCCACACGAUGUGAUGAAUUUAGGUAUUUUGCUAGGGCUUUCAAGGAAACAGUCAAAAGAAUCAAUCACACAAAGUUAUUCGAUUAUAUCGAAUAAAUUACAGAGCUAUGGGAAAAAAAUAGGAAAGUCAGCAAUUAAUAUAAUGCCAAGAACCACCACAUCAUAAUAUUAUAAAUAAUUUAUAAAAUUUAUGUGUAUUUAAUGGUUUAUUUUUAUUUUUGAUAAAAAAAAUAAUAUUGUUUGAUAGAUAGUUUUUAACUAUGCAAAAUAAGCUCUCAGAAUCAAAAAAGUUUAUGUAUUUUAUUUAUUUAAGAUUUUUUUA